UGAGCAGCGCCCGCCCAUCACGCCUAGCCCUGGCUGUUCUGGUUUGUGUCUGUUUCUUGCCCCUUCUCCCACUGCUCGUAGUCCCCGUUUCCAUGUCCCUGGUGGGUUCCGCACCCCAGAACAUCACACGCACAUGGCCGCCAGCUCGAGGGAGUCCUCGUUCUCUUCCUGCACGUCCAUCAAUGAUGCGGACGACGAGGGAGUGCGCGGCACCUGCGAAGAUGCUUCUCUCUGCAAGAGGUUUGCGGUGAGCAUUGGCUACUGGAACGAUCCAUACAUUGAGCAUCUUGUGAGGCAGUCUAAAGAGAGGAAGGCCCCUGAAAUUAGCCGAGGGUAUUUCGCUCGAGUUCACGGUGUCAGUCAGCUUAUGAAAGCUUUUCUCCAGAAGACACAGUGUCAUUGUCAGAUUCUCAACCUUGGGGCUGGGAUGGACACCACCUUCUGGAAGUUAAAGGAUGAAGGUCUUCUCCCAAGUAAAUAUUUUGAAGUCGACUUUCCAAUGAUAGUCACGAGAAAGCUGCACACCAUCAAAAGCAAGCCACUUCUGUUCAGACCCAUCAUGGAGCUGCAACAAGAGGAUCCUAUUCACAUGGAUGGACACACGCUGGAUUCAAAAAGAUUCGCCAUCAUUGGAGCAGAUCUCCGAGACCUUUCUGAACUGGAAGAGAAGCUAAAGAAAUGUAACAUGAAUACACAAUUACCAACACUCCUGAUAGCUGAAUGUGUGCUGGUUUACAUGACUCCAGAGCAGUCGGCCAACCUCCUAAAGUGGGCAUCCAGCAGUUUUGACACAGCCAUGUUCAUAAACUACGAGCAGGUCAACAUGGAUGACCGGUUUGGGCAGAUCAUGAUUGAAAACCUCCGGAGGCGACAGUGUGACCUGGCAGGAGUAGAAACCUGCAAGUCGCUCGAGUCACAGAAGGAACGACUACUGUUAAAUGGGUGGGAGACGGCGUGCGCAGUGAACAUGAUGGAGCUGUACAGCGGGCUGCCGAGGGCGGAGGUGAGCAGAAUAGAAUCCCUUGAGUUCCUGGAUGAAAUGGAGCUUCUGGAGCAGCUCAUGCGGCAUUACUGCCUGUGUUGGGCCACCCGAGGCGGACAGGAGCUAGGUCUGAAGGAGAUAACCUGUUAAUCUGUUGAAGGCUCCUGCUGAGGUGGAAGCUGAAGUGUCCAGCCAAGGGAGUGCCCUGGGCAUCUGGGGGGACGAGCAGUCUCAUCCCAGUCCUUGGUCUUGUCGCACAUCCAGAGCCCAUGGUUACGAAGACGAACACACCAGACCCUGUUCCUGUCACUUAUCAUUGUUUAAAUAAAUCUCACUCGCCAUUUGUGUGUGCUGGA